AUGGAGGUCGCUGUCGAGAGCCCCCUCAAUACUCCUUUGUUGGACCAGCGGUUUUCUGCUUUGAAGCAGCGCCUCGUCAGGCCCGAAAACAAACAGAAUGUUAUUGAGUCGUACAAUAAGCUGGUCAAAUUGCUUGAAGCGGAAACCGCUCUGAUUGAAAAGAAUGGACCGAACAUGGUUCCAGAAAUUGACUUUGAAGACGUUCGGAAGAAUGGUGGCGUGCUUCCAGAUGCCUUUGCUGACAUUGUUCGCGACCGUGGCUGCUUGAUCUUACGCAAUGUCGUCCCCGAACAGCAGGCCGUCGCUUGGGAAGCAUCACUUAAAGACUAUAUACACCGCCAUCCGGGAAUAGGAGGCUUCCCGCAACAAAACCCCGUGGGAUGGAAUAUUUACUGGACAAAGGCCCAAGUUGAGAUGCGAUCGCAUCCUGAAGUCUUGAAGGCCUUGAAGUGUGUUUCACGCCUCUGGCACGUAGCCGAUCCGUCUGCGGCGAUCGAUCUAGACAGUCAAAUUGUGUACCCAGAUCGAAUCCGGAUUCGGUAUCCAUCCGAUGAUCCGCGCCAGUUUCCCCUAGCACCACAUCUAGACAGUGGUGCUAUUGAGAGGUGGGAGGAUGAGACCAACCGCAUGAAUUUCAAUGUGAUUUUUGAGGGCAAUUGGCAGAAUUGGGAUCCUUGGUUGGUGGACCACCGCAUCCAUGCGAAGAGCAAUUUGUAUACAGAUCUCAAUACUGGGGAGAUAUCUUGCUCAGCCUGGCGUAGCCUUCAGGGUUGGCUGUCUCUUUCGCACACCAAUACUGGCGAAGGAACCCUGCGAAUUCUGCCCAGCAUCAAGCUGUCCACUGCGUACAUUAUGCUUCGGCCGCUAUUCCACACAGGAGAAUACAACGACUCCCUCCCGACCUUUCCCGGAGCAACGCCAGGUAAAACCCAGUUUUUUCCGACCACUGAACAUCAUCCCCAUCUUUCUCUGGACCGCGCCAUAGUCGGGAUCCCUCCUGUCCGGCCGGGCGACUACGUCUUUUGGCACUGUGACCUCGUCCAUGGAGUCGAUGCGACUAAUACGGGAAAGAACGAUUCCAGUGUAUUCUACAAUGCCUGUAACCCUCUUACUCCGUACAAUAUUGAAUCAUUGAUCCACACCCGCGAGGAAUUCCUCAAGGCCGAGGUUCCCACAGACUUUGUCCAGUCACAGAAACCUACCUGGGAGAAGGAGUCGCAGCAUGAAGAUUGCGGUGCGAAGAGGGAAAAUAUUCUAAGCGAAGAGGGAGAACGAACUCUAGGCUUGCGUCGGUUCGACGACGAUGAGCUGGGUCUCAUAGAGGGUCAGCGAGAGGUGAGACGACUGGCCAAUUCCCGAUUGGGAUUAUAA